AAUACGGGCCAUAUAUAGAACCCAGUCAGUGAUUUUUUUUUUGCGCGAUUUGACUCCGAAAUUCGGCGUCUUCCCAAUUGACAAAAAUAGUCAAUAUUCCCAAAAAAUGCUUAAAAAUUCCCAAAAAAACGAGAUGAUUAUUCCCAGUUAGAUUGAUUUCUUAUGAAAGUUGAACUAAAACGAUGCAAAUAAUCAUAAAAAUUCCGACUCUAAUUAUGGUUUAUUCGCAGAAUUUUGUUGCCGAUUCGAAGCGCGUUGUUUACAUAAAACGGGUCACGGCAUAGUACGGCAUUUAGUAUGACUUUCAUCACGGUCGCUAAACGCUUUUUUUCAUGAGUCAAAAUGAGUCGGAAAAAAUUGUUAGUAAAUAAAAUAACCAUGUCGCAUAAUUCCAAAUAUUAUACCAAGAAAAUAAAACUGAAACACGCCGUCGGUACUCCAGACAUUCGAUCAUCUUUUGGUAAAGUUAAUUUAAAUAAAGAGAAUUCUAAUCAAACGUCAGAACUGUCCAACAAAUCUGAGUCCCCACAAAAUGACCAUCAGAAAUCAACAGAAGCAGACCCUAAGCUAUCUGAGCCAUCAGAUCCUGUGACAUCUGAAAAUGUCCUGUCUGUUCAACCUCAGUGCUCUGAGCUGGAUGUACCUGUUCCAUCAUUUCAAGUUUCAUCCUCAUCAAACACUACAUGUAUGAUAGGCCCGGUUCCUCCUCCUGUGUCUAAAACUAAGCUCAGGUUGAAGAAAAAGAAAGGCCCAGUGGUCCCAUACCAACGCAGAUUCUACAACCUGAAAUAUGAGCAUUUGUACAAGUCAUGGUUGUAUUACUCGGGAGUACAAAAUGGGUACCUUUGUAAAACAUGUGAACUUUUUGACAAUCAUACUGAGAACAAAGCAUUUGUAACCAGGGGCGUCAAGUUAGGGACUCAUCCAACCAGGCAGUUAGAGCUCCAUCAGGACAGUUUACAGCAUAAAAAUGCCAACGAGCGGCUGGUUCUAGCAAGGUCAAAUGUAAAUGUGUAUCGUCAGCUUCUUCUGAAGGAAAAUGAUACCAGGAUGAAGAAUCGAGAAGCUUUGAAGAAAAUAUUCCUGUGCAUUGACUUUCUGAUCCAAAGAAAACUUGCUUACACAGAAAAUACGAAAGCCCUUGUAGAGUUUGUUGCUAAUCUAGGUGUCAGGGGCUUACAAGAACAUUUGAACAGUAAAAUUAGUUCUAAAUAUUUGUCAACAACUUGUAUUAACGAAAUGCUUUUGUGUACGUCCGAUCUGUUUGAACGUGAUCUACUAGAAGACCUACGGCGAAAAGAGUUUUCUCUUCUGGCUGACGAAUCAUCUAUGGCACAUAGAAGUCAGAUGAGUGUAAUGGCUCGAUUUGAAAGACACUCAGUUGUUUCAACCUAUUUCCUCGGCUUCAUUGAACUUACCAAGGGAACGGCAGAGCAUAUUGCCUCAGCUCUUGAAGGGAUCCUUGUGGCUAAAGGAGUUGACAUUUAAAAUAUGAGGUUCAGUGGUUUUGAUGGAUGUAAUACUAUGAGUGGUAUUCAAACAGGUGUUCAGAGAAGAAUGUCUCAUGUCAGCCCGUUUUCCACUUAUGUAAACUGCCGAAACCAUAGGCUGGCAUUAUGUUUGACCCAUCUCAUCAAGCGAUUCCCA